CGGCGAACAUCACCGCAGGCGGCGACUUCAACGGCUCCGCUAAACUUACAUACACAGACGGCAAUGUGUUGGACGGAAGCAACGGUCGACAGCGUUUCUGGUGAUAACUGUACAUAUUGAUUAACAACGGGUAUACACCGCUUUAAUUGCUCUGCCGUCAGCAUGACACGUAGAACACAUGCUAUCCCUGGCUUUUAAAAACCUUCGAGGUAGCAACUUAGCUUAAAGCACAAACAAACUAGGUUUAGCGAAGCGCUAGCUAGUUGUUAGUUAGCGUGAGUUGAGCUUUGUGUGGUGUCCUUUGUCUGCUGGAUAACUGUACAGACGCUGACGUGAACUUACCAGGUUAGCACCAACACUCUCAAAAGGCUUAAAGCUCCGGACUCAACCCGAUUUCCAAGCUGCUGAGCGGUGCUCAAGUUAACACAGGACCGACUUUGACUUGAAAUUUAGAGGAUUUCCACUUCAGCAGCACUAAACACUGGACAUAACCUCACCUGUACCAAGGAGCUGAAUGGCCUCUGUUGUAGCAGUGAAAACUGAGAAGCGACCUGCAGCUGAUUCUCAGGAUGCUGACUCAAAUGCCAAAAAGCCCAGGGUUUGGGAAGCACCAUCCUUGGACCUGUCAUCACUCAAUCUCUGCCUGCCCCAAAGGAAACUGCUGCCGAGUCUGAAGACUAAGCGAGCCCCUGAGCUUGUCCUGGUGAUUGGUACGGGGGUAAGCUCUGCAGUGGCCCCUCAGGUUCCUGCACUCCGUUCCUGGAAAGGCCUCAUUCAGGCCUUGCUUGAUGCAGCCAAUGACUUUGACCUACUAGAAGAGGAAGAGAGUCGGCGUUUCCAGAAGCACAUGCAGGAAGAUAAGAAUUUGGUACAUGUGGCCCAUGACCUCAUUCAGAAACUUUCCCCGAGAACAGGCAAUGUGCGAUCCACAUUCUUCAAAGACUGUCUGUAUGAAGUGUUUGACGAUUUGGAGUGCAAGAUGGAGCAUGCAGGGAAACAUCUACUGCGGUCAGUGCUGCAGUUAAUGGAAAGUGGUGCACUGGUCCUCACUACCAACUUCGACAACCUGUUGGAGAUCUAUGCAGCACAUCAGGGCACCAAGCUGGAGUCUUUGGACCUGACAGAUGAGAAGAAGGUGUUGGAGUGGGCUCAGGAGAAACGGAGGUUAAGUGUUCUGCAUAUCCACGGUGUUUACACUAACCCCAGUGGCAUCGUGCUGCACCCUGCUGGCUAUCAGAACGUACUAAGGAACACUGAGGUUAUGCGUGAGAUCCAGAAGCUGUACGAAACCAAAUCAUUUGUGUUCCUCGGCUGCGGGCGCACAGUGGACGACACCACCUUCCAGGCUUUGUUUUUGGAAGCGGUCAAACACAAAUCAGAUCUGGAACACUUCAUGCUUGUGCGACGGGAGGAUGUGGGUGAGUUCAAGAAGCUGCGCGACAACAUGCUGGACAAGGGCAUCAAGGUCAUCUCCUAUGGAGACGAGUAUGGCGACCUACCCGAGUACUUUGAGAGGCUGGCCAAUGAGAUCUGCAAUCGUGAUGUGUCUACUAACGGCUGGGGGUCUCCCUCACAAAAUGGAGAGGAACAGCAGAAUGGCUUUAACACACAGAAAAGCCUCCUUCAAGACUAUCAUUCUUGACAGGCACACAGUCGGGAUCAGUAUCAGUCAUUUUCCUCCACAGCUCCACUGAGAGACCGGUCUGCUCUGAGUGGUACUCAAGUCUGAUUUUUUUUGACUGGAUUUAAGAAUCCAUGGGAGGCCUAAAAGCUGUCAGUAUUUUUCAGAUGACCAUUUUAUUCACUUUUUAUUUAAAAGGGAAAGAAGUUUAGGCAAUCAAUGCCAAUCCCCAACCUCACAGCCUCCAUCAUCCACUAUUUAAAUGUUGCUGAAACCUCAACAUUUAGGAAGCUGAAUACCACUUUGAAGUAUGCAGAUCAUGGAAUGGUACGUUCUCACUUCAACUUGACAAAAAAAGAUAGAUCUGAAUCCACUGACAGAAGCUGACUGUGCUGUUUGGAUAUGAACAUAGGGCUACACAUUGACCUACCUGCCCUGAAAAAAAUUAUGUUGUAGGUGCAAAGCUUUAACGCACAUCACAUGCUCUUCACUGAAAACUGUCUUGUGUUGAAGGCUUGAAUCAGUCACGCUCAACCCUGCAACCAGGAAAACUUGUUUUGCACACUACUGGGUGGGGAAAGGGAUGGGUGGAAAUAAUCAUCUUAAGUCAUAGGUGGUAAAUCGAUUAACGUUAUGAUUCUGUCGUAAUAUGUUAGUUCAAAAGUUAUGUUUUCAUAACAGAGUAUUUCCCUGCCAGUAGCAACCUCUUUGCCACUCCUGUGCUGAAAAUAAAACUAUGUUCUUUGUAAGCCUUUUUUUGUAUUUUUAAUACUUGCAUGUGUUUUCUGAUAUAGUAUUUAUAAGUACUAUUUUCAAAAUAAAGCUUUUGGUAUCCCA